UGGUGGAGGAGGAGGCGGUGGCCAAAGCUAUGGUCCUUACGGCCCCUAUGGUCCUUAUUCUUAUGGACCCUAUGGUCCUUACGGUCCAUAUAGCGGUUCAAGUAGCGGUGGUUGUGGUGGCGGUGGUGGAGGCGGUGGAGGUUGUGGUGGCGGCGGUGGAUGUGGCGGAGGCUGUUAAUAGAAAUAAAAAUUCAAGAUAA